AUGAAGCUGGCAGACAUGCGGCAUGGCCUUCAGGCGGUGUUCCUGGCCGCCUCGUUAGCAAGCACGACCGUUGCAGAACCAUUUGAGGAAUGCUCUCUGGCGUAUAGGCAUAACAUCGCCGCAGAUGUUGCCUGCGGAGCCCAAGACGCCGUCACCCGUUGCCUGUCCGAUCUCGCAGGGGACCAGGGCCUGUUGCAGAACUGCCUCGUCAGUGCAGGCUGCCCCCUACAGGACGCCAAGGUCGAGGCAGCCCGGGCAGCCAAGCGCUGCAAGAGCAACUCGGAAAGCGAUGGAAGCAACAUGGAGCUGCGGCAGCUGCGUGGGCGACACGGGCUGCGGACAAUCCGGGAGGUCGUCGAGGUCCGCGCAGCCCAGGACAAAGACGACAGCGACAGCGAGAAGACCACGCUCGCGACCCUGGCGAUCCGUGAGACCACAACCGCCGCGCCCACCUCAACAAAUACAUGGGUAAUGGUGCAGCACCUCAAGGGAACAACCUACACGACCGUGACCUGCAUGACCCCGGCGACCGUCGCCACCAGCGCCUGCUCCUUCAUCAACGACGCCGACGAGACGGCCUGUGUUGCCACCACCGCCGUCAUCCCCAGCUGCGUCCCGGGGAUGAAGUGUGGUUACAGCCAGACCAGCGGAGCCGUGAGGUGCGCGACGACCGGGGGCAUGGGCAUCGGGGGCAUCAUUGUCGGGAGCGUGCUGGGCGUCGGCGCCGCCGUCUCCAUCAUCACGAUCUGCUCGAUGUGCAUCCGCGAGCGGAGCAGGAACAAGAGGGACCGCCGUGCCGCCGAGGCGCAGGCCGCGCUGGCCAAGGCGGCCGAGGCGAAGAGGGCGCCGCGUGCCGCCACCGGCAUGGCUGGUGGUGGUGACUACGUGCCUCUGAUGGGUGCUGGCGAUGCUGCUGGUGGACGAGAGGGCCCCGAAAUCUCCGGCCCGGCCGAUCCGUUCAGGGGGGUGCAGCAGCAGUACUUCGACUCUAGGUGA